AGCUCGUCGGCUUCGUCCCUUUUCACCGCCGAGGAAAAUGGAGGCCACCGUGUUCGCGCUCUCCUCGCCCCACGCCGCCGUCCGCCGCUCGCCGGCGAGGCCUACCGUCUCCUCUACUCGUCUCCGCCGCUUCUGCACAGGCUCCCUACACCUCCACGAGUCCUGGAGCCCCGCCUUGCGCGCCCUCUCCGCCUCCUCACCGGGGCGGAGGGGACGGAGGAGGGGGAGCGGGCUGGUCGUGCGGGCGGAGAUGUUCGGGCAGCUCACCACGGGGCUCGAGUCCGCCUGGAACAAGCUGCGCGGCGUCGACGUGCUAACAAAGGAAAAUAUUGCCGAACCAAUGCGGGACAUUAGAAGAGCACUUCUGGAAGCAGAUGUUAGUUUUCCAGUCGUGAGACGGUUUGUUUCGUUUGUUAGUGAAAAGGCUUUAGGUGCAGGUACUAUCAGAGGAGUCCGACCAGACCAGCAAUUAGUGAAGAUUGUGCAUGAUGAACUUGUACAACUGAUGGGUAGAGAAGUAUCAGAUCUGGUAUUUGCAAAAGGUGGCCCGACAGUUAUCUUACUGGCAGGUCUACAAGGUGUUGGGAAGACUACUAUUUGCGCAAAGCUUGCGUUCUAUUUGAAGAAACUGGGGAAGAGCUGUAUGCUGGUUGCUGCAGAUGUUUACAGGCCUGCCGCAAUUGAUCAACUCACUAUACUGGGUAAACAGGUGGGUGUGACAGUUUACUCAGAAGGAACUGAAGCCAAACCACCACAAAUAACCAGAAAUGCUGUGGAAGAGGCAAAAAGCAAAAAUAUUGAUGCCAUUGUGGUGGAUACUGCUGGAAGACUGCAGAUUGAUAAAGCGAUGAUGGAUGAAUUGAAAGAAGUAAAGAGGGCAGUUAAUCCCACAGAAAUUCUGCUUGUUGUUGACGCCAUGACUGGUCAAGAAGCUGCAGCACUGGUCACUACCUUCAAUAUCGAGAUUGGUAUCACUGGUGCUAUACUGACUAAAUUGGAUGGUGAUUCCAGGGGUGGAGCUGCACUAAGUGUUAAAGAGGUCUCUGGGAAGCCCAUCAAAUUUGUAGGGCGAGGGGAACGAUUGGAGGACCUUGAGCUUUUCUAUCCUGAUCGCAUGGCACAGCGAGUUUUGGGAAUGGGAGACGUACUUUCAUUUGUUGAAAAAGCACAAGAAGUCAUGAGGCAAGAAGAAGCUGUAGAAUUGCAGAAGAAGAUCAUGAGUGCAAAAUUUGACUUCAAUGACUUCUUAAAGCAAUCUCAAAAUGUUGCGAAAAUGGGUUCCAUGAGCCGCGUAAUUGGAAUGAUUCCAGGCAUGAACAAGCUUACUCCUGCACAAAUACGGGAAGCUGAGAAAAGACUUUCAUUCGUGGAGUCAAUGAUCAAUGCAAUGACUGCUGAGGAAAGGGAGAAGCCAGAGUUACUGGCUGAAUCACGCGAGAGGAGGAUAAAAGUGGCUGAGGAGUCUGGGAAGACCGAACAAGAGGUGAGCCAACUGGUUGCCCAGCUUUUCCAAAUGCGUGCUCAGAUGCAGAAAUUGAUGGGUAUGGUGCAAGGACAAGAAGCAAUAUCAGGCAUGGGAGAUCUCAUGGACUCACUUAAAGCUGACGAGAAGGCACCUCCUGGCACUGCACGGCGGAAGAGGAGGCACGGUGAGCAGAGGCAAAGGGAUCUGGAUGCAGUUUUAAGCUAAUAUGCAUUGGAGUUGAAAGUUUUGACUGGAAGUGGCUCCUGCGUGCAACACCAAAUGACAAGACAGGCGUUCCUGGUCGUUUCCUUUUGAGAAACUAUGCUGGGAUUCAGAAGAACUGGACCAUGUAUUGUGAAAUUCACAAUGCAUGCCAACUUGUGAUCCUUGACGAUUCAUGGUUUGGCACUGGCACUAGUUGUGUUUGUCAUUCAUCCGGCACAAUUUUUGUAUAUCAAGCAUAGUCUCAAAAGUGAAGGCUCUUUUUUUAUAUAGUGAAGAUGGGUUAGCUGCUGAACUGAAGCCAUACUAGGUUUUGAUUUGCCCAGUAAAACGGAAAGGUCUGUUUUAGGCCUUGUCAAAUGUGGUUACAACUUACAAGUCCUAAAAUGCCAAAAAUUGUUGUGAAGGAUGUCUAAAUUUGUUUUGCUUAGUGUAGGUUGAGCCACUUAUGUUAUUUAUUGGUUAAUAAUGAUUCAUGAAAUACUGGAGAUGGUUUGAUUUUUGAUGCA